AUGUCGAUCAACGACACUUUAUUAGUAGAGUGUGUGCGGGCGCAUCCCGAAAUAUACGACAAGGGACAUGCAGGGUUUAAGAAUGCCGGAAUAAAAGACUCCGCAUGGAAGAUUGUGGCCGAAACAUUAAAUGCAUCAGUAAAAGAUUGUACGGCCAGGUGGCAAACCCUUCGCGAGAGGUUCACGAAGGAGAAGCGUAUUCUCGAGCAGGAGGCGAGGUCUGGAGCAGCGGCUUCAACCCGUCCAGAAUGGCCUUUAUACAAUAUUCUAAAAUUUCUGACACCUCAUAUUAGAAAAAGAAAAUCUGUGGACAAUUUCCCACCAAAAGCGUCGGUGUCUGUACCCACAUUGUCAUUGACAGAUGAAGAGUCGUCGCUUUUGCCUUCAUUGGCAUCUCCAGGCGUAGAAAUAAUAUUGGACGAGCAAAUUGUAGAUGAUCCAUUUAAAGUGAAUGAUACUUGCUCUCCCCUCUCGUCACCUUCACCUAUGUGUACUUCAUCAGCAGCAGCUGCAAAUAUGCCUUACUUAGGGCCUACAGGUCGAUGUAAGAAGCCAAAGAAAGACGAGACGGCUGAAAUGUUCAAAGAGACUCUUGCCAAUCUUAACAAAUCCAUGGCUACAUAUAGUGCUCCUGCUCCACCACCACCACCUUCAAUUGACACUAAUAAUCCCGACGUCUUAAUCGGUAAAAAUGUUGAAUCUUGUCUCAAGAAUUUAACAAAUAUGGCAUUAAAACUUAAAUACAGGAGGAAAUUUAGAUCUCUCAUUCAAGAUUGUGAAGAGGAGGCUGAAGGAUUGAAUGAAUCAGUGUAA